CUUAUCCAAGAAAUCAUGAUCGACUACAAGUGUUCGAUGUGGGGAGGUGCCUGGGACUGUCGGGGACGGGGUGACCACAAAGACUUCAGCAAAUGGAAUGGAAUAUUUUAUAAUCUUUUUCAGGGACAAGUCAAGCCUAAAAUAGUCACGGUUUAUUUCGAUCCUUGCCACGACUACCUCAGAACAGAAGACAACAUGUCGGUGGACGGUUUUCAAUACCGCCGCUGCCAAGUUUACGAAGACACAUGGUUCGUCAAGGGUAUGAUUCGGUGCUUUUGGCAAGCCUGGAAGAUAGAACUGCGUGGCACAUUCAAUCCUCAAUGGGCACAUACCUUACGUAAACGUCUCGGCUUCAUCCUUAAACGUAACGGCGACCAGCGAAUGACGCUAUUCAAUCCGGAAUUUAUCCGCCGUUCUGUCGACCUAAAGGAUUGUAUCAAAAAGUCUAAGGGCAUCUAUGAUGUGAUAAAGGAGCCAUGGCCCGAAGCAACCUGGUGAAGGAAAGCUCGCAGAGGUUCGGCUUUUAGUGCCGGAUACCAUGGACAGAUAGUGAACGAGGAAACAUGCGGAAAUUUCAUGGAGGGGCUUGUUGUGGAGCGCCGUGGAUUAGGCGGGAUGGACUACGAUCAUAUGUCCUAGGACCAAUGCGAGGUCAUUAAGUGGUUUGGGGGGAUGCUUAUUGCCUGUUACCAAAUUGUGAUACAGGAUAAGGGGGUUAUUAGGUUCUAUUUCAGGGUUCUCUUCUCUACUGUAAUAAAACGUAUACCAUGAACCCCUUUGUAUUAUACAAUCUAUUGUGUCUGUCAUGAUUGUUUCCUUAACGUCUUUGUAUCUUCUAGUAUAAUAACAUUCCUUUAUCUCGUAUAUGGUGAACGCCGAGUUCUAUUGGCGUUGAGACACAGGUAAAUAAUACUAGGAAGUUUAGUACAUGUUUAAAAAUACAGUUAGG